AACUGAAACCACUAAACCAAACACCAAAAAACUGUUUCUGUCUUCACCCUUCCCAAAUUUUCAAAUCCCAUCACACACAAACUCUGUAUCUAUCUAUAUCUAUAGCUAUAUUAUUAUGUCAGAUUCAGAAGAACAAGACACCCAACAACUUGAAGAAGAGGAAGAUGAUGAAGAAGAAACAGUUCCACAACUUAGUAAGGAUCAAAAAAUCGACAUUGCCAAAUGGUUCCUUCUUAAUUCUCCCCCUGGUGAAAUUCAAUAUGUUGCCAAAGACUUGAGAUCGGUUCUGAAUGAUGAAAAUGUGUACGGACUAGCGGCUUCACAAGCAUUCCCAAUUUACAACAAAUCUCAUAUCGUUUCUCUCCAAUUCCCGAAUCGUUCCGGUGAUGUACUGAUAUCUUCAUUUAGUGAAGUUAGCCAGGAUGAAUAUCUUGAUCCCAGGACUGCACAAGUAGGGAAAGUUGAUCACGUUCGACAGAUUUGUACGCAAAUGAGACCAGCUAGAGAUGACGAGCUUCCAUCCCAAUAUGUAGAAGAGUACCGUUGUGCCUUGGACGCUGAAAUUUCUAAGUAUGUUGGAGAGGCUUAUUCAAAAGGUGUUUUCUCAGUCUAUUGUAUCAGUGGAAGAGAAGUUGAAGAACCUGGGUCAGAUUUUGAGCUUGUUGUGGUGAUUACAGCUACUCGACAUAGCCCACAAAACUUUUGUAAUGGAAAUUGGAUCUCAAUAUGGAACAUUGAAUUCAAGGAUGAACUGCAAACUGUGGAAAUCAGAGGAAAAAUGCAGGUGGGUGCUCACUAUUUUGAAGAAGGGAACGUUCAACUAGAUGCAAAGAAUGAAUGCAGGGAUUCAACUAUCUUCCAGUCACCAGAUGAUUCUGCUAUCUCAUUGAUGGAGAUUAUUCGGCACCAUGAGAGUGAAUACCUGACUUCCCUUCAGGCAUCUUAUUCCAAUUUGCCGGAUUCUACAUUUAAGGAGCUGCGAAGGAAGCUUCCUGUUACUCGUACAUUGUUUCCAUGGCACAAUACCAUGCAAUUUAGCCUUACAAGAGACCUCACUAAAGAACUUGGAAUUGGAAAAUAGACAUGUAAAGGAACUGUUUUUCAAACUCGAGCAUAUGACUACAUUUUUUGAACCUGAAUCUCAUAGUGUGUGUCGGGAUAGCUGCUAAAUGGUCCAGAAUGUAAUGCUGGUUGUCCCCUGAAACCGACAUUACUAUCAUCUAUUGCUGGAUGAGUACAUGUUAUGUGAUAUGUUAUUCAAGUGCCUUUUUUCA